AUUUUAAUCACAUCUUCAAGGAUACACUCGAUAUUUUAGAUAUGCCGCCAGAGUGAGUUUGUAUUUUUUAUGUAAAAGUAAUGUGUACAAAAAUGAGAACGAAAAAUUUUGUGAUAGGCAUGGCAUUAUUUAUUGUACUGCAGAUGAAAGCAUCUGAAGAACUCCAGCAAGAAGAAUAUUUUGUAAGAACCUACGUUGCUGACCGUAUAGCACUGACACAUAUAGAUACCAAGGUUGUGAAUACUUUGAGUAAAUCUACCCGUGCAUCAUUUUGUGUUUUUCUACCGGAAAGAGCCAUAUUGACUGGGUUUCACAUGGAUAUUGAUGGCCAACGCUACGAUUCUCGUGUUGUCGAACAGAUAUUAGGAGGUGAAUUUUCUGAAGGGGUUGUGUAUGAAUCUGUAAGCGUGAGGAACUCAUUUAAAUUCGGUAUCGACGUUUCGAUGGAACCGCACUCUGAGAUUCAUUUCCAUUUGGAGUACGAAGAGCUCUUGCAAAAAGCGAGUGGCCGAUACCAAAUCGUCUCGAACAUCAUUCCUGGGUCUUUGGUGGAAAAUUUGAAGAUUGAGGUGUUUUUCAACGAAACCGUCCCAGUCAUCUUGAAAGAUACGUUCUUUCGUUCUGGAUCAGAUUUUCUGCUCAGAUCAGAUGUAGACCUUGGACUCGAGAUCAUCAACACUCCUACGGGAUUUGGCGUGCUCAUCAAUCCAGAUAUUUUCACACAGCUCGAACUCGUUUGUUCUGGUCUAAGAAGUAGGUCCUUCAAAGGACUCGUGGGGCAGUUUGUCGUGGAAUACAACUUAGAAAACAAACACGAGGGAGGUCUGACUCUCUUCGAUGGAAAUACUUUCAUCACUUUUUUCUCACCACAAGCUCUAGAACCAAUACCCAAGCAUAUAGUGUUCGUUCUGGACACCAGUGGAAGCAUGUGGGGAAGAAGAAUAGAUCAACUGAGGAAUGCCAUGAAACAAAUACUACCGCAGUUGUUGGAAGACGAUGUAUUCGACAUCGUAGAGUUUGAUUCUUCGGUGUACCUUUCUCAGUUUGAUUCACUUGGCAAUAAUUUACGAAAAAAAGUUAUCGACCAUAACACACCUCUUGAACACUAUGGUAGUUUGGAUGAUAUUUAUCUAAGGAACAUGUCAUUUUCCGCAACUAGAGCAACACCGGAAAACAUUCAAAAGGCAUUCCGAAGCAUUGAACGUAUGCAGGCUAGCGAAGGUACUAACAGCAUCGGUGGAUUGGAGGUUGGUCUUUCCUUGGUGAAAUCAGUGCAAAAUAAAAACUCGGUGUAUGUACCAAUAAUAAUAUUUCUUACGGAUGGACAGCCAACAGUGGGUGUUAUGGAAAUUCGAAGUAUAGUUGAUACGAUUACAAAUAUCAACCAAAGAGAAUACAAGGCUCCCAUAUACGCCAUUUCUUUCGGUGUUGAUGUUGACUGGAACUUUUUGAAUUCUCUCAGCUGGCAAAACGGAGGCAGGGCAAUAAAGAUCGAGAUUGCUAGAGAUUCCGCUGUUCAGUUGCUGAACUUUUAUAAGGAGAUUUCGGUACCUAUUUUACGGGACAUCACGUUCAAGAAUUUGCCGGACUCAGAGGAAGUCACCAAGUCGAGUUUUCCGGUAUUUUUUGAGGGAUCAGAAUUGAACGUAGCCGGGAAAGGUGAGUUUUAA